AUGAGUGGUUAUCCAUAUGGAAAUCAAGGUGGAGGUUAUCCACCACAAUAUCCCGGAGAUAAUAGUGGUUACCCAAAUUAUCCCCAAAAUACUGGUUAUCCGAAUUAUCCACCAACUACUGGUUUUCAACCACCACCACCACAAAUGCCAAACUAUAACGAUAAUCAAUCGUGUGCAUCUUUAUAUGGAGCACCAAAUACAAUGCCAAAUAAUAAUAACUAUCCACCAGCACCGUAUGACUCAUAUGGAGGAAAUCAGAUGCAAAAUGCAUCGUAUGGAAUGGGUCCUGGUGCGGGCGCUGGUGGCAACUAUUGUCCACCACCACCAUCACAAUAUCCUGGUGGACAAAUGCAACAACCUAUGUAUAAUCAACCACCACAGCAAUAUGGAGGAUAUGAUAAUUCACAAUAUCCUCAACCUCCACCACCUCAUGCAGGCGGUGGUAUGUAUCCUAAUAUGCAAGGAGCACCACCCUAUGGUGGAGGUGCACCAUCUUUUCCAAAUCAACAACCAGGAUUUUUACCACAUGAACAAUCAUCAAUGUUUCUAGCUAGUUUAGAACAAUAUCAAGGAACAGUUAUUCCAAUAGCAAAUUUUAAUCCCGAAGCUGAUUGUCAAGCACUCGGUCAUGCUAUGAAAGGCGCAGGUACGAAUGAACGUGCUUUAAUCGAUAUUAUUGCUAAUCGAUCAAAUGUACAACGUCAACAAAUUAAACUACACUAUAAAACAAUGUAUGGUGAAGAUUUAGUUAAAAAAGUUAGUGGUGAAUUAAGUGGUCAUUUCAAAGAAACUAUCAAUGCUUUAUUCGAUGCACCGGCAAAUUAUGAAGCAUGGGCAUUACAUGAAGCUUUACAUGCUGGUAAAGAAGGAGCCAUACGUGAAAUUUUAUUAACAAGAACUAAUGCUGAAAUUCGUGCUAUUAAUGAAGCUUUCAAACGAACCUAUAAUAAAGAUCUCGAACAUGAGAUUAGUCAUCGUAUACGUGGAACAGAUUUUAAACGUAUACUUGUGUCUGCUGUACAGGCUAAUCGUGAAGAAUUAACUCCUCAACAAAUUCAACAAGCUCGUCAAAUGGGUAUUGAAAGUGUAAUCGACCGUAAUCGUGCUAUGCAAGAUGCUGAUGCUUUAUAUAAAGCUGGUGCUGGUAAAAUAGGUACAGAUGAAAAGACUUUCAAUGCAAUAUUUGCUCGACGUAGUUAUUAUCAACUUCGUGCUACUUUUGAAGAAUAUCAACGUAAACAUGGAAAAGAUAUUGCAAAAGUUAUUCGAUCAGAAUUUUCUGGUGAUACACAAGAUGCUUAUCUUGUUUUAAUAACAUGUGUUCGUGAUCGACCUUCAUUUUUUGCUGAACGUAUUCAUAAAGCUGUGAGUGGUUUAGGUACAAAAGAUUCAACACUUAUACGUGUUAUUGUUACACGUUCAGAGAUUGAUCUUGCACAAAUUAAACAACGCUAUCAACAGAUGUAUAAUCGUUCAUUAGCUCAUGAUGUUGCUGGUGAUACAUCAGGAGAUUAUGAACGAGUACUUUUAUCAAUUCUUAAAUGA